AUGGGAAGUGUAAUGAAAAAAUGGGAUAUGAUGAAGCCCCAAAUAUCCUUGGCCUUCCAAUGGACUAAAAAACAUUUUCACAACUUAAGCAUUAGGAAUGAUGUAAAGUACAAAAAUUUGGAUACACAUCAAAUGUAUUUCAUGUUUAAUCAAUUAAGGGGGAAAAAAAAUAGAAAAAAAAGAGAGAGGGUUAAUUUAAAUGAUGAACAGAAAAGAACAAAAUUAAAAAUUCCACCUGUGAGACUAGAGGAUAGAACAACAGUAUGUGAACCACCAAGUGUUAUUAGUAAAAAUAUUAAAAAAGAAAUUAUGAAAGUUUGUGUUGGUAAGGAAAAAACAAAAAGACAUUUUAAAUUUCGAAAUAAAUAUCGAAUUAGAAAAUUGCUAAGUCUAACUCAUGAUAAGGAAAAUAUAAAAGAUAAAAGAAAAAAUCCAAGUACAUUUAUAACACCUUUAACUAAAUUACAGCAUGAAUCUACACUACCUAGAACAUUAAAUCAUGACAGAUUUAGUUUUCCUCACUCUUUUCAAUAUUCAGUGAUAUGGCAUGGAUCCUCUACUGUAGACCAGGAGGAAGACAACAUUUGUUUUUUCAGUUCAUAUAUCAGCGACUUAUCACUCACAGCACGAGAAAAAAAAAAAAUUAGGGAAAUUCUGGGAGAAGAAAGGGUUGAUUUAAAAAAUGAAAUGGUUUUCCUCGAGAGCAAUUUUUUCAACACUUAUAAUCACAAUGCGGCAUAUUUGGGGGAUGUGGUUCAAUUUUUGAUGAAGCGUGUUAAGAGUUUGUGA